CCUAUAAGUUUGUUGAAAAUAGUUCUUUAUUUCGGGUCAUGCAAGUGUUCAGUUAUCUGUAAAUCGUUUAAUUAAGGAAUCAAGUUUUUAUUUACAUACCUGAUUUUUGAGUUAUAAAACGCAGAAAAUAUGUGAGUGGUAGAAAUAGUAGUUUGCUGUUCAAAGCAAUGGAUGAUAAUAUUAUGUGCGUAUUUUGAAAUUAUCAGCGGACAAAAAAGCAUGAACAGAAAGUAAAGAAACUAAAAAAAACAUUUUGUAUCGCACAAAUAUACAAAAAUUUCAUAUCAAAACAUAAUGUCAUCGCUAAAUAGCAAUAAAAGAUUAACCGAAGUUUUGGAGCUAUUUCUGUUGCCUAAUUAUAAUAUUGUGUCUACUACCUAUCUUGAUCUUCUAUUAUCACACAUUUCCGAAGAUAUUAAAGAGUGUGACACAAAUAAUUAUGAGAAUUAUGAAUUGCUUCAAAAAUGGGUAUUAAAAGCACUGCACACAUGGAAUUCUGAGUGCCUUCCUUCCCAACCUAUAACUAUAUUUACUUUAAAACUCAUAGGAUUAGUUUCACGUAAUGAAUUAAGAUUUCAUUAUUGGCAGUUUAAAGAUGUGUACAACAGAUUGUGUGACAUAUUUAACCUACGUAAAGAUGAUUUACCAGUAUCUAUUAAAAUGGCUUAUAUUACAAUGUUAUCUAAUUUAAUCAAACAUAGAAGUGGUAGACAAUGGAUUAUAGAUUCUGAUGCUUGGAAAGAUGUUGUAAAAUAUGCACAUUGGAAUCACACGCUAUAUGUUACUCGCGAAAGCCAUAAAUUUUUGUGGCUUUUGCUCUCACAUGAACAACAAAAUGUUAAUUUUUGUAAAGAAGUUAUUUUAGCAAUGGCAGCACCAUUGAUAACAAAUGCUUUUGACAUUCAAACAUGUCAAGUGCUGCAAGAUAAUUAUUUGGAAGAAAAUAAGCUAUUGUGUACUACGCUAGAUCUGUUAACCAGUAUCAUUGAGAAUACAUUGUUUGCAAAUAUGGAUAAUACAAUACCUGAAUUAUGCCAAGAACUCAUUGAUUUAGAAAUGAGGGUAAAAGCACUGUUUGAAGCAUGUAUUAGUACAAAACUUUUAUCACAUAUUCAUAAACUAUUCAUUCUAUGUUUGUUCAUUCCAAUUAAACAAUUCAUUAGAGGAGGGAAAAAAACAGAAACUGAAACAGCACUGAAGUUUUACACUGAAUUGAAUUAUAUAUCUAUAAUGCUUCUCUCCAAAGCAUAUGUGGUAGAAUUAGUAAAGACAAACAAAUUUUUAAUGAUAUUUUGGAAAAAGUUACAAUCAUUGCAUGAAUUUUCUUUCAGUCAGGAACAUAAGUUUGAACAUCAAGCUAUAUCUAUAAUGAUUAUGCCUUUGGCUUUAUGCAUUAAACAUACAUAUAAAGAUUCUGAUAUUUUUGAUAUGUUUGUUACCAAACUGUUUGAUGUAACGUGUACAGCUGUACAAAGAUUGGGAUACAAUGUAAGAGAUGCUGUACUUAAAAAUGAUGUACCUUUAGCACAGAUUGCCAAAGUUGAUAUUGACAUGCUUUUAGAAAUAAUGGAUAUCAUGGAUAGGGAUAUUGCAGUUAUUGUCUUUCAAGCAAUGUGUCAUGUCCUAAAAAAUUGUGUGCCAGAUGCAUGCAGUAAAACUGCAUGCAGUAAAACUUUAGAUAGUAUGACUAAUGCAACACAUUUGGAAAAUAGUCCAAGGAAACAAGUAUAUAAGUUUCCCUUAGAAGGGGAUCCCAUAGUUGAUCAUCCUACAUUAUUAUCAUCACUUCUAAAUGGUUUAGCAGUCAUGACAGAGAAGUUUAAGCUAAAAUGGCAAGAAUGUGUAGAAACCAUAUGUUUAUUAUCAUUGGCUCAAGAAAUUUUAAAUCACCCUGGAACAUUGCCUAUAAUUUGCGUGAAAGCUUUAAAAGUAUGUAAGUUAGCAAUUCAGAAUUUUAUGCCACCUGAUUUGGUAUUGUUAAUAGAAACAGAUAGUCACAUGAACGAAAUUGGGCCAACAUUGUUUAAAAGAUUACAUGAUGUCAACUGGGAAGUAAGGGAUAGUGUACUGGAAGUUUUAAAUACUAUAGCUAUAAUUUCAGAAGACAAAUAUCCGGCGUUUCAAGAAUAUUUAUUGGCAAAUGAGUUUCUACAGCUAGCAGUUGAAAUUAGCAAGACAGACAGUGAAAGCUAUGUUCGAGCAUCUGCUUUAGUUUUUCUUUCAACUACUGUUCGUAUAAAUAAAUUAUGGAAAGAAAAAUUAUCGCAAUUUGAUUUACCUAAUACUGCAAUAAUGCUACUCAACAAUGAAAGCGAGGCCAUAGUCAGAAAGGAAGCAGUAAUUCUAUUGAAGGAAUUAUAUGUACAUCGUAAAUGGCCGAAAAAUAUUAUCGAUUCAAUGAUAUUGACAAUGGCAAAAACUGCUGUGCUUGAUCUUCAUUGGGAAGUAAAGAUAAGUGCUCUCGAAUACUGGAAUCACGUUAUAACAUCGCAUUUGUCCGAUCAAGGUGUACUCGAUGGUCAUUUUCCAAAAGUAACGUUUUCAAAAGAACACAGGAAAAUCGUAUCUUUAAAUGAAACUGAGAUAAAACGGAGACUUAAUAAAGCAUUAGAUGAAUUAGCGAAACAAAAUUGCUUGAGAGUCCUUUUAGUUACUCUAGAAGACAGUGAUCUUGAAGUAUGCAAAACAUCAGCAGCUAUAAUAAACAAAUUAAAAGCAUUCCUUUUGAAGUACAAACUUAAUGAACCUUUACCAGCAUUGCCUCUACCCAAAGAUAGUGCCACUUUGGAUACCUCUUAUGUUAAGUACGAACCACCGGAUAACGUUGCAAGUUCCAAUUGUGAGAUGCUCAGUAAUUCUAAUAAUGUGAUAGAAGAAAUUCUAGAUGUUAAUGAUGCAAAUCUACUUGCUUCUAUAUACAAACAUUCAAUAGAAGCCGAUAGUAAAACGCAAAAAUCAGAGGAGAAAACAUUUCAAUAUAUUCCGUGUGUGACUAGGCAAGUUUUUCUCCAAACAAUUUUUUAUAUGGACAUCGCUGCAUAUAUUGAAGAGAAAGAGCGAUGGUUGACCACGUACUCCACUAGUUUUGAUUCAACGUUGGAUGAUAUAUUAACAAUGUACAAAAAAGGAGAUGUUAAUUCAAUGGAUUGCUAUUAAUCAUGAAUAAUGUCCCUUAUAGAUUGCACAAAAUAAAAACUCAGAUCUUCUACAUAA